AUUAAUUUGCGAACAUUUGCGGUUGUAGCUUCAAUUUUAAACUUGCAGUUUUCUGCCUAUAUUCUACUUAACUUGUGAAAUGCUUAUAAAAGAUUUGAAAUUCUGUUGGUUGCAUAAGGAGCGCAAUAGUGCGCGACAAAGACAGACUUAUUGAAGUGAUGGAUUUUAAUUCCACCGUUUUACCACUACGCGACACUAGUAGUUCGCCAUUCACAGUACAUAUUUUUAUUUACACAAGACUUAUUUACUAAUUGAGAGGAUUAAUUUUUUGCAGUGUACGAGUAAAUGUGUAACAAAAAGAAAAAAUGCCUCCGAAAUCUAAAAUGGUUGCCAGGAAAGCAGCGACAAACGAAAGGAGUACGAAACCACCGAAACUUACAGAUUUGGGAAAUACCGCUGCUGAAACUAGCAGCGGCUUGAGCCAGGAAGCUGAAGAUCAAUUCGAACUGGAAUUAUGCUGGUGCAUUCAGCAACUAGAAAUGUGUUUGGCUACUGGAAAGCUCUCUGAGAAACAAACGCACGAUUUGACUAAGAAUAUAAAUGUUUUAAAAAGCAAUACUGCGCCUCUGGUGAAAAAGAGGCAGAUAAUGCGCAACACUUUGGGGAAUUACAGAGAGAAAAUGGCUAUCGACGAGCAAAAGCAUGGCAAAGCUGCAUGUUCCAUCAAAUUCACACCUCUGUCCAGUCAGAACAAGAAAUGUUUGUUUUUAAGAAAGUCUGCUUCAAUGGGAAAAGGAAAGGGGGAAGAGGAAAAGCAUUCAAACUCUAGUGACAAGUCUGUUGAUAUUAAUGAUGUACAAAAUAUAUUUAAAUUUAAUUUUCAGAUUAAGGAAUAAAACAAUCUUUUGUACAUAGAAAAA